AUGUUUUGUCCUUCGUGCGAGUGCGUUACUUGGCUUCUAGAACUGAUUCCCGGUGGUGAAUGUAGAACGAAGUUGAUAUUGGCGGACGAAAAGGGAGACAAAAUAGAAGCAACGAUUGAGGAAGCCAUGAGGGAAUCUAUGGAAGCGGAGAUUGAAGAGGAUCUCUUUGGUGCAUUGAUUUUUGUUUACGACUACAAAGCUGUCAAGAGAAAUUCUAAAGGAUUUGUUGAUAGUUCUGACAAUAUCACGAAAUUCAGAUUGAGGGACGAAGAGUGGGGUAACUGGGAGACUGCUGAUGAACUCCAGGGUAACUGGGAGACUGCUGAUGAUUUCGUUGUAGCAGUCCUUAGGCACAGGAAGAUCUAUUGGGAUAAAGGUAAUCGUUGA